AUGCACUCCAGAUUGGCGUUGCGUAUUUUAGAUGUGGCAAAACCAUGGUUCGAGCCCACAGACCGUUUCAAAGCUACGAAAAUCUUCGAUUGUGAAGCUAUGGAUAGAAUACAAAUCAUUUCCCCGAACGGCGCUGAAUUUCGCAAAAUAUUGGAAAGAAAUGGUAUUCGUGUGAAUCCUGAAAUUCUUUCCUCUACUCGUCGUGUGCAUGAGUUCAUUUGCUCUAAUCGCCAAAUCAUGCAUAAUUUGAACCUUCUGAUCGUAACGCUUUCAUCACACGGUGUCGCAGUCGUUUCAAGGAAUUGUGAUGGAACACUUUCAACUGUAACCUGCCCUCCUCCGUUAAUAAAUGGGAAGAUUCUUUCUGUAUCGGGGGCUGGUGACAGCUUCAACAGCGGGAUCCUCGCCGGGUUAGCACAUGGAUUUAGUCUUGAGAAGUGUUUGAAGAUCGGGAAUAAGUGUGCUGCGCUUACAUUGCAGACCACAGAUGCUGUUUCGAGAAACAUUUCACCGCAUUUAUUAUCUUUAUAG